AUGCAGCCCUCUGGAAUUUCUGCACAAACUUGUCAUGCAAGGUAUUCCUCCAGCUAUGUGGAAACAGCAUCUGAGAAGAUGUUCCAGAUCAAGACCUAUAGCACAGAGCUGAAAAAGCAUGUGAUGGUCAUGGAUUUUGUGAAGAGUAACUGGUUCCCAUCACAGAAAAGAGCCAAGGUAUGCAUCAUUCACAUGUGCCAGGGAAUGAAGACGACAGAAAAGAUGACCAGCAGAUAUGAGAUCCACAGCCGCCUGUUCUCAUCCCCCAAAGAGCACUCAGCAUGGGAAAGAAACGCACGACUCACAUACACAGGAAUCCAGGCAAGGCCGUACAAUGAGAGUGAUCAGCUUUCACUUAGAAACCUUCAGUCUGAGGUUGCAGAGAAGAAAUCUGACUUUUCCAAGGAGACUCUGGCAUCCCAGCAAACAAAGAUGAUUUCAUCCCUCCUCAUUUCCCAGCUGACUGAUGAGCGUAGAUUGCAGAAGAAUGCACCAGUCUUGCCAGGGCAGUGCAUGAUGGUUCAGCCUGAAAUUCAUCCUAGGAACCAGUCUUUGGCUGGUCGCAGUCCAACUAACAUUGACCAAACCUUCUCCUUGCUUCCUGGUGGAAUGGGAAUCAACACAUCCUCCAAGGAGACUGGAUCUGGAACAAAGCUGCUUCCCCAAGGGAAAAAUCAGGAUCCUAACCCAAGAAAAGGGUUUUCCUCCAUCACCAUCACAGCCAGGAGAGUUGCUCCUCCAGCCAACACUCUGAUGUGGGGCACUACUGUUGACCCCCUGUGCUCCAAGUGUGGGACCGAGGCCAGACUCGUGGACAAAACAGCUUUGGCCAGUGAUCAGGAAGCAGAACCUCCCUACAGACUGUUAAAUGGUCAUGAGGACUCCGUGAAUAGGCUGGCAACUCCAUUCAAGGCUUCUGAACCUCACAGGCAGUUGUGUGGAGGUCAUCCAUGCUGGAUUUUGAACCCUGAAAAUAAGGAGAAUGCAAUGAUCCCUCCAGCCACCCCAAGUCACGGAGAGAAAGCUCCUCUUCUGUUCAGCUCCUGUGUUCACCUGCGCGUGUCUCAGCCAUGUGCAAACACUGUCCAUUACUUAGACAGAUCUCUUUCCAUACCUCUUGACCCAUCUCCCAUCACAGGCUCCAAAAUGCACAGAUCUGUUCUAUCCCUCAACCUGAACUGUAAUUCUCGUGGAUUAACACCAGAUGGAGUAGAUCGCAUGGCUAAUACAGAGGAGGAAGAGAUGGGAGACAAUCCACUGAGCCAGAAGCAUGCAGAGCAAAAUGAGAAUAGGUCUCCGACAGCUUGGGAAACAGACUUCAAAGACAGCUGUCUAAAGGAAAGCCCACCUUGGCACAAAAUCUCUUCAGGGAAUUCCCCAUGUCCUUGGAGCAGCACACCUCCCCUGAGAAACCCAGAAUUUUCAGAUGCUGGGAAAGGAACAAAUCACUUAACUGUGGGGAAGAUGACAGGAGACAGUAUGGCCUUGUACCACACCAUUAGCCACCCCAAUAAGCUGUCCAUUCACAUCCCAGGCUGGAGCUAUGCAGCAGACACAAAAGCAUUUUCUGGAAGCACCAUGAGGCAGCAAGGACAGCGGUGUGCGGCUUUGUCUGUGUCCCCAGUGGGACCGUCCGCCGUAACCGAUUUCGCUCCUGACGUUCCUGGCCCUCCAAACGAUGAGUAUCAGUCUAGCGAGCCUUUGGAAUCUCAAGAGAGUCAGCCUCAGCCCUUUCUGAAAUCCCAAGCCCCCUUACCUGAGUGUCUCUGUCCCCUAGAAGCUUUGCCUCCCUCUGCGCGGGAAGAGAUGGAGGUGCCAAUAGAAAACCAUUUUCCCCAAGGGAAUUAUAGAUGCUGUGACCUGGUCGUGAAGCUGAAGGAGUGCCGGAGGCCCAGCGAAGAGAGAGGGGUGGCCCCAGAGUCCCCAGCAGCCCCAUCAGAGCCCACGAGCCCUGAGAAACCGGAGCCACCACCAGAGCAGGAUUCGUGCCUGGAGCCAGAGAUCGAUGUCUUCCCUGCCCAUUCCCUGACCCUGAGGGAAGCUCUGGAGGUCCACAAACCUCAGUUUAUCUCUCGUUCACAAGAACGGCUGAGAAAACUCGAAAGUAUGGCCCAGCAGAGGAAAGCCCAACGAGGAGAAAGCCCCAGGAAGAAACCGAGCCCUCUGCCCCUCCGAAACACUAAGAAGAAGCAGUACACCAUCCCCCAUCCGCUCAGUGAUAACUUGUUCAAGCCUAAGGAGAGGUGCAUAUCAGAGAAGGAGAUGCAUAUGAGAUCUAAAAGAAUCUAUAAUAACUUGCCUGAAGUGAAAAAGAAGAAGGAAGAACAAAAGAAAAGGGUGAUUUUACAGAGUAAUCGACUACGCGCCGAAGUCUUUAAAAAGCAAUUACUGGAUCACAUCCUUCAGAGGAGCACAGACUGA